UAAAAAUAAACACAGCUGAGUUCAGAGUUAGAUUGAAGGAGGUGACAUGUUUCUGCCCGGGCUUUUAUUUUGUCUCUUUCACGUUGUCAUGUCUGAGAACAAACUGGUUUCAGUGGAUUUUGAGAUUUUUGGGAAUGUGCAGGUACACGGAGGACCAGGGCCGGAGUCUGGGUCUGAGCGGCUGGGUGAAGAACACGAGACAGGGCACUGUGAUUGGUCAGAUCCAGGGACCUCGGGACAAAGUCGAUGACAUGAAACACUGGCUGAAGAGCGUCGGCAGUCCAAGCUCUCGUAUUGAUCGAGCUGUUUUCUCCAACCAGCGAGACAUUUCCAAACUGGAGAUCCAAGGCUUCUCUACUCGCUACUGAGCACGCUCACAACUUUCCAUCUGUAGAUCCAUCCUUUAUAAAAGGCUUCUCUCCCUCCU